CCUUGCUGGGGGGAAGAGAAAGGGGCCGCUAUUCCGUUGUAGGGCUGGUUAGAUUGAGGCGGGCUAUUUUGGGGGAGCCAUCAGACGGAGAGAGAGAGCGAGAGAGAGAGCACCGCACACAGAGAGAAGCACAGAUUUAAGCGGUGCUCUAUAAGAGUCUACUCUGAGACUCGCGCAACAGAUUUGUAUGCGUGGAAGGGAUCUUAGAUAACUCACUCUCACUUUGGACGUUGUGUUUUCUAGUAGAAAUGACUGCGGAACGCACCCUGUUUUUUUUAAUGCUCCAACGUGUUUAAAUGGGGAUAUCUAGCUCUUGGAGAAGGCGCUGCGAUUAGCCUAAUGACUGUCGUCGGGGCGCAGUGGAUUCGUUGAGUUCAUUAGGCUACAAUAACGGAAUCAGUGCUGGCUGCGUAAAGGAGCUAUUUUGGAACUACUUUCAGAAUCACCCAAAGGGAUUUUACUUUAAAGAUGGAACCUGGACAAAUAAUCUGCGGAUUUUAUAUCCGAAUAUGGAUACUUCUCGCCGUUAUGGCAGUGGCCACGCAAAACGUCAAAGGUAAAACGUUAAAAUAUCAAGUUUACGAGGAACAGAAGGUGGGGACUGUUAUUGGACGGCUUAAAGAAGACCUGGCUGCGGUUUUGGUCAAACUCCCAAGUUCUGUGUCUUUGCGUUUCCGAACCAUGCAGAGAGGUAGCACGUCUUUCCUAUCCGUGCGCGAGCAGGACGGAGAGAUCAGCAUCCGUUCCAAAAUAGACAGAGAGAAGCUCUGCGAGAAGAACCUCAACUGUUCCAUUGAAUUCGAUGUUCUGACUCUUCCAACAGAACACUUGCAGCUCUUCCACGUCGAAGUGGAAGUGUUGGACAUUAAUGAUAACGCGCCCCAGUUCGCCCGCGCCGUAAUCCCCAUCGAGAUCUCCGAGAGCGCGGCAGUUGGGGCGCGCAUUCCCCUGGACAGCGCGAGUGACCCCGACGUCGGGGAGAACUCCCUCGAUACUUACUCCCUCGAGCCCAACAACUACUUCAAGAUUGACAUUCAGAGCAGAACGGACGGGGCUAAGUACUCGGAGUUGGUGGUGCUAAGGGAGCUCGACAGGGAGAUGCAGCCAGGUUAUGAACUUCAGCUGACGGCCUCCGAUAAGGGCGUUCCCCCUAAAUCAGGUUCUACUCUCCUCAGAAUUAGCGUGGCAGAUUCAAACGACAACAGUCCUAUUUUCGAACAGUCUUCAUAUGUGAUUCAGCUAUUGGAGAAUUCACCUGUUGGAUCUCUUCUUAUUGACCUGAAUGCGACUGAUGCAGACGACGGAACCAACGCCAAAAUCGUCUACUCCUUUAGCAGUCACGUGUCCCCGAAAAUCGUGGAAACGUUCAAGAUCAACUCAGAUAACGGCCACCUGACGCUCAUGAAGCGCGUGGACUUUGAAAGCGCGACAUCAUAUGACAUCGAUGUCCAAGCCCAGGAUAUGGGCCCCAACUCCAUGCCAGCACACUGCAAGAUCUUCAUCAAGGUAGUGGACGUAAAUGACAACAAACCAGACAUCAGCAUCAAUCUGAUGUCCCAAGGGGACAGAGGCAAGGAGGACGCAGCCCAUAUCUCAGAGGCCGCUCCAUUGGAUUCCUUCGUGGCCUUAGUAAGAGUGGAGGACCUAGAUUCCGGUCUGAACGGAGAGGUUGUGUGUAAACUCCAUGGCCAGGGGAGUUUUAAACUACAGAAGACGUACGAGAACAACUACAUGAUCCUCACUAACGUCUCGCUGGAUCGGGAGAAGAGGUCAGAGUUCAGCUUGACGGUCAUCGCCGAGGACCGCGGCACGCCCAGCCUCUCGACCAUCAAGCACUUCACGGUGCAUGUGCUGGAUGAAAACGACAACGCUCCACGCUUCCAGAAGGGACGCUAUGAGGUAUUCAGAUCAGAGAACAACGCCCCUGGGGCCUACCUCACGUCGCUAUUGGCAACCGACCCCGACCUGGACGCCAACAGCCAGGUGAGCUACUUCCUGGUGGAGAACAGCGUUCACGGGAGCUCUAUCUCCACCUUUGUCACCAUAGACCCAUCCAACGGUGCUGUUUACGCCCUCCGCACGUUCGACCGCGAGGACAUCAGCCGGAUAUCCUUCGUAGUCCAGGCCAAGGACGCCGGGGAACCCUCGUUGCUGAGCAACGCCACCGUCAUCCUGACAAUCCUAGACGAAAACGACAACCCGCCGGUCAUCGUGGUUCCGCAGCUCUGGAACCUCACGGCCGACGUCCCCGUCUCCAAGUACACCGAGGCCGGUAGCCUGGUUACCGCUGUCAGGGCGACCGACCGAGACACCGGCGUCAACGCAGAACUCACAUGUUCAAUCACUGCCGGCAACGAGGAAGGCUUCUUCUCUAUGGAUCCUAGAACGUGCGAGAUCAGCGCCAACGUUAGCCUCGACAUGUUUCCCCACGAGUUUGCGGAGCUCACCGUCCUGGUCAGUGACCACGGUUCCUUGCAACAGACCACCAAGGCCGUCCUAAUCAGCCUCUAUGAGAACAUGGAGGGCCACGUGCAGGUGCUGGACCAGGGGGAGACGCCGCUCGACGCCUCCCUCAUCAUCAUCAUGUCCCUGGGGGCCAUCUGCACUAUGCUCCUGAUCAUCAUGGUGAUGUUCGCCGCCCGCUGCAACCGAGAAAAGAAAGAUACCAGGAACUCAUACAACUGCAGGGUGGCGGAGACCAACCACCAGCAUCACCCUAAGAAACCGUCGCGGCAGAUCCACAAGGGUGACAUUACACUUGUUCCCACGGUGAAUGGGACUCUACCAAUCAGAGCGCACCACCGCUCACCCUCGGCCACGCCCAUGGACCGGGCGCCAAUGGGAAGCCGGCAGAGCCACCACAGCCACCAGUCACUGAAUAGCCUGGUGACGAUAUCGUCCAAUCAUAUCCCGGAGAGCUUCGCCCUGGAGUUGGCCCACGCUACGCCACCCGUCGAGCAAGUCUCACAGCUUCUGUCCAUGCUCCAUCAGGGUCAGUAUCAGCCUCGACCCUGUUUCCGUGGCAACAAAUACUCCAGAAGCUACAGGUAUGCAUUGCAGGACAUGGACAAGUUCAGCUUGAAGGACAGUGGUCGUGGGGACAGCGAUGCGGGGGACAGCGACUAUGAUAUGGGACGAGAGUCCCCCAUCGACCGUCUGCUGGGGGAUGGCUUCUCUGAGCUCUACCACCUGGACAUGCUCCACAGACUACACCCAGCUAUGCGCCUAUGCACUGAGGAGUGUCGUGUGUUGGGCCAUUCUGACCAGUGCUGGAUGCCUCCCCCUGGCCCUCUCCCUGUCCUCCCCGGCCUCCUCCUCCUCUGACUACCGCAGCAACAUGUUU